GCCUACGAGUCGCAGCUUGCCGGGGUCUUCGCAAGCCAGGCGGCUCCCACGCAGGCGGGAGUUGCCCCGCCGCCGCCGUUCGCCGCGGCCCCGCCGGGCGACGGCGCCCGCGCGCCGCAGCAGUUGCCGCCGCCGCUCGGCUGGGAGGCGGGAGAUCCCCCGCUGCCGCUGUUCGCCGCGGCUCCGCUGUCCGACGGCAUCGGCGCGCCACAGCAGCUGCCACCGCCGCUGACCGGGUGGGAGCCACAAGCCACGCAGGCCCAGCUCGGCCCCGACCCAUCGUGCCGCUGCGACCCGCCGCGCCCCGCGGCGCUGCUGACCGUGCGGAAGGAAGGCCCGAACACGGGCAGGCAGUUCUACAAGUGCGGCGACUGCAACUUCUUCCAGUGGGCCGACGAGGCCGCAGCGCCGCCGCCGGGGGGCUUCGGCGCGCCAGCGCCACAGCCUCCGGCGCCGCGGCCCGAGGCCGAGCUCGGCACGGACGCGGCGUGCCGGUGCGACCCGCCGCGCCCCGCGGCGCUGCUGACCGUGCGGAAGGAGGGCCCGAACACGGGCAGGCAGUUCUUCAAGUGCGGCGACUGCGGAUUCUUCCAGUGGGCCGACGAGGCGCCCGGCGGCGCCGGCGGCGCCGCCAGCUCCAGCGGGCCGUUCGGCGGCGGCCCCGGCGGCCGAGGCGGAGGCGGGGGUGGAUUCGGCAGCGGGCUGGGCGCGGGCGGCAGCGCGGGCGGCGGCCCGCCUGCGGCGGCCGGCGGCGGGGACGGCGGCGCGUGCUUCAAGUGCGGGCAGGCCGGGCACUGGGCCCGCGACUGCCCUGCAGGCGCUGGUGCGGCCGCCCCGCGGGCCAGCGGCGGCGGGGGCGCCAGCGGGGGCGGCGGCGAGUGCUACAAGUGCGGGCAGCCGGGCCACUGGGCCCGGGACUGCCCCAACGGCGGCGAGCGCGGCGGCGGCGCCCGCGGUGGCUCCCGCGGGGGCCCGGGCGGGCUCGGGCGGGGCCCGCGGCGCUGACCUGCGGCAGUGCUAGGAGGCCUCUAGCAUUGGAGCCGGCACGCUGGGCACGGACCUCCUCGCAAGUGGUUGCCAUUCCCAGCCGUGCUCUGCAUCGCGCGUGCCCGACGUGCGAGGGCCCGGAGCAGUGCCCGAGGCCAGGAGGCGCUCCUGCACGUGCGGCGCUUGUGGGCACUCCAAGUUCUGAUUCGAGGAGUACUGGGCCAGCUAUUGCCCUGAUGGGGGCUGACCCUGCUGGAAGGUGCGCACAGGAGUGGCAACCAGGAGGGCGGCAACGAGGUGGUUCUGUCCAAACGGUUGCUGCUGCAAGGGCGUGGUUCACACGUGAUCCGCGGGGGCCCGCAGAAAGACAUUCGGGGGCACGGAAUGUCAGCGUGGAAAAGGC